CGAGGGCGAGGUGGCCGCGGGCGCCAUGGAGGGGGUGCUGUAUAAGUGGACCAACUAUCUGAGCGGUUGGCAGCCUCGGUGGUUCCUUCUCUGUGGAGGGAUAUUAUCUUACUAUGAUUCUCCUGAAGAUGCCUGGAAAGGUUGCAAAGGGAGCAUCCAGAUGGCAGUCUGUGAAAUUCAAGUUCAUUCUGUAGAUAACACACGCAUGGACCUGAUCAUCCCUGGGGAGCAGUAUUUCUACCUGAAGGCCAGAAGUGUGGCUGAGAGACAGCGGUGGCUGGUAGCCUUGGGGUCAGCCAAGGCUUGCCUGACAGACAGUAGGACCCAGAAGGAAAAAGAGUUUGCUGAAAACACUGAAAACUUGAAAACCAAAAUGUCAGAAUUAAGACUCUACUGUGAUCUUCUUGUUCAGCAAGUAGAUAAAACGAAAGAAGUGACCGCAACUGGUGUGUCCAGUUCUGAGGAGGGAAUUGAUGUGGGAACUCUGCUGAAAUCAACCUGUAACACUUUUCUCAAGACUUUGGAAGAAUGCAUGCAGAUUGCAAACGCAGCCUUCACUUCGGAGCUGCUCUACCGCACGCCUCCAGGGUCACCUCAGCUGGCCAUGCUCAAGUCCAACAAGAUGAAACAUCCUAUUGUACCGAUUCAUAAUUCAUUGGAAAGGCAAAUGGAGUUAAACAGUUGUGAAAAUGGAUCUUUAAAUGUGGAAAUAAAUGAUGAUGAAGAAAUCCUAGUGAGAAACAAGAGCUCCUUAUGUUUGAAACCUGCAGAGACAGAUUGCAGCGUAUCAAGUGAAGAAAAUACAGAUGAUAAUACAACAGUCCAAGGUGAGAUGAUGAAGGAAGAUGGAGAGGAAAGCCUUGGAAAUCAUGACAGCGACUUGGCACAGCCUGAACUGCACUCCACAAGCAGCUCUCCAGAAUCCCAUUGGGAGGACCAAGAAGUCAUCCCAACUUUCUUUAGUACCAUGAACACCAGCUUUAGUGACAUUGAACUUCUGGAAGACAGUGGCAUUCCCACAGAAGCAUUCUUAGCAUCAUGUUAUGCUGUGGUUCCAGUAUUAGACAAACUUGGCCCUACGGUGUUUGCUCCUGUUAAGAUGGAUCUAGUUGGAAAUAUUAAAAAAGUAAACCAGAAGUAUAUCACCAACAAAGAAGAGUUUACCACACUCCAGAAGAUUGUGCUACACGAAGUGGAGGCCGAUGUAGCCCAGGUUAGGAACUCAGCUACGGAAGCCCUCCUGUGGCUGAAGAGAGGUCUCAAAUUUUUGAAAGGAUUUUUGACUGAAGUGAAAAAUGGAGAAAAGGACAUCCAGACAGCCCUGAAUAAUGCAUAUGGUAAAACGUUACGGCAGCACCACGGCUGGGUAGUGCGAGGAGUUUUCGCGUUAGCUCUGAGGGCAGCUCCAUCCUAUGAAGAUUUUGUGGCUGCAUUAACCAUUAAGGAAGGCGACCACCAGAAGGCAGCUUUCAGUGUUGGGAUGCAGAGGGACCUCAGCCUUUACCUCCCCGCCAUGGAGAAGCAGCUGGCAAUACUGGACACUUUAUACGAGGUCCACGGACUGGAGUCUGACGAGGUGGUAUGA